AUGUCAAUACGUCCUGCUAUUGGCAUUGACUUAAGAACAACCUUCGCCUGCGUCGGUGUUUUCCAAAACUACAGGGUGGAAAUCAUAGCCAACGAUCAGGGUAACCGCAUAAUGCCGAGUUGUGUUGCCUUCACCAACAAAGAACGCCUCGUCGGUGAAUCCGCAAUCAACCAGGCCGCUAUGAACCCUACCAAUACAGUGUUUAAUGUGAAGCGUCUAAUCGGGCGCUGUUUCGACGACGGUGUAGUGCAGAGCGACAUGAAACACUGGCCCUUCAAAGUUAUAAAUUCACAAGGGAAGCCAAAAGUCGAAGUACAGCACUGUGGUGAAACAAAGCAAUUCGUCGCAGAGCAGAUCUCGGCCAUGGUGCUGGCAAAGAUGAAGGAGACGGCAGAGAUGUACCUGAGCGAGAAGGUCACAGAUGCAGUGAUCACUGUGCCGGCAUACUUCAACGUGAGCCAGCGGCAGGCCACCAUAGACGCAGCGAAAAUAGCCGGUUUAAAGGUGCUGCGUCUCAUCAAUGAGCCGACGGCAGCUGCAAUUGCAUACGGCAUGGACAGGAGGAGCGACGGGCAACGCAAUGUGCUCGUCUUCGAUUGGGGUGGUGGCACCUUCGACGUGUCCAUCCUGUUCUUCGAGAAUGGCAAAUUGGAGGUGAAGGCGGUUGGUGGUGACACGCACCUGGGAGGUGAGGACAUCACUUCUCGACUAGUGGAUCACUGUGUGGAGAAGUUCAAGCAGGAGCACGAGGAUAAGGAUUUGUCUAUCAGCAUGAAGACCAUGGGCUGUCUGAGAGAGGCGUGUGAGAAGGCAAAGAGGAUGUUGAGCUCGGCUGAGUACACUGAUGUAGGUAUAGUGUCGUUGUUUGAGGACGUUGAUUUCAGUACGACCCUCACACGGGGUGUAUUUGAGCAGUUGUGCUUGGACCUCUUCAGUCAGACGAUGGAUGCUGUGAAGACGGCGUUGAGUGAUGCAAAGAUGGACAAGGCUGACAUCCACGAAAUAUUGCUGGUGGGUGGAUCGACGCGUAUUCCAAAGGUGCAUAGGAUGUUGCAGGACUUCUUUAAUGGUGGAGAAGUAAAAAGAUCCAUCAACCCAGACGAGGCAGUGGUGAACGGCGCGGCAGCGUUGGCUGCCAAACUGAGUGGUAUGUCGAAUUCGAUGCAGGAUUUGAUGUUGCUGGAAGUAACGCCACUGUCAUUGGGAUAUUGGAAUGCAGAUGGUACGAUGGUGACGGUGAUAAAGCGAAACACGAGAAUCCCGACGAAGCAGACGUGCAAGAGCUACGCAUCCAUAGAUAAUCAAAAGUAUUCGUGCACCAGGAUUUAUGAAGGUGAACGUGCAAAGGCCAAAGACAACCACUUUUUGGGUGAGUUCAGGAUAGAGGGUUUGCCAGCGGUGCCGCGUGGUAAGAUUAAAUUUAAAAAAACCUUUGAAAUUGACGAAAACGGCAUUCUCCAUGUGUCGACAGUGGAAAUGUCGACGGGAAAGCAGAACAGCAUCACAAUCGCCAACUACAGGGGUCGUCUGUCGGAGGAGGAGACAGAGCGAAUGCUGGCUGAAGCGGAGAAGUUCAAGCAGGAGGACGAGAAGGAGAGAAGUAGAGUGGCAGCGCUGAAUUUGCUAGUGGACUGCAUCUACAGCAUGAAGAGGAAAUUGGAGAAGGAGGAGAUUAAGCAGAAGAUAUCAGAGGAGUACCGACAAACUUUACUUGCAAAGUGUGAGGAGAUGAUCAAGCGGACGGACACGGAGAAACAGGCUACAAAGGAGGAGUACGAAACAAUGCUCAAAAAGUUUGAGAGCGCGUGCAGCUUAUAG